AUGAAUGCUCGUGGAUUAUAUUACCUAAAUUAUGCUACGCGGCGAUACUCAAUUCUUCGAUCUUCGCCUUCUCUUUAUCCACAACGUAUUAUCGCUACAACAUCUCAGUUCAUCCAUUUAUGGUCUCAUCGUUAUGAUCAUCAUUUAUUGAUAUUCGAUCAAAAUAUAAAUAAAAAAUCGAAACAAAACUUCACGAUCGACUGUUUAAAGUUACAUCGGAAAAAAUGGAAAAUCCCGUACGAUCCUGAUGACGAUACUAAACCUCAUUACUACCGUAAGCGAAUGGCAUGGUGUUGUAAACAGGAUACUAUUAAUGAAGCUAUUGAAUUAAUGGAUCAAUCUAUUAACCAAUCGGUCACUCUAGAUAUCGGUACGUUUAAUUCGUAUCUGUAUUUAGUAAUCAGGUAUAACUUAUUCGAUAAAAUGAUUCAAUGUGAAAAAAAAAUAAGACUACAAAAUGUAGCUUUUGAUGCUACGACAUAUAGCACUUUAGCAAGUGGAUAUUCCAAAAUGAACAAUUGGGUAACAGCUUUAAACUUACUCAGAGAAAUGCAAUCCAAAGGUAUAUAUGGUAAAGCCCGAAACUAUAGUCCAUUAAUUUCUGCAGCUGCAUUAGACAAUCAACAUCAACUAGUCUUUGACUUAUUAAAUGAAAUCAAGAAUCCAGAUAAAUUAUAUUUAUUCCCUGAUGAUAAUAUCUAUUGUGAUAUCAUUGAAAUGUGUGCAAGAAGUCAUCCUACGAGCAAUUGGGAAAUACGCCAUACAGCGAUUACGCACAGUGGUUACUGCAAAUCUUGCAAAGCGCAACUAGAAUCUAUCGAACUAACAUCCGACCGACAAGAACGCUUGCGAGAAGUUAUAUCGCAAUCAAUAUCCAGUGGUGAAAUCUUUAAGAAAUAUAAGGGUGACAGUAAUGCAAUAAUGUCAGAUUAUAGCGGUAAAAUUGCUUACGGCUCCCCUGAUCAGAAGGUGCUCGUAAAAUAUAGUCAAGAUCCUUUCAAAGAUUUCUGUCAAUGGCUCCAUCCUACUCGUAAAGUAGAUAUCGUUAUUGAUGGACUGAACAUAGCCCAUGGUCGUAAUUCUUUUGAUCCUUUGAAGGAGUCAAACAAGUCUACCAAGUAUAAAGCCAUGAUUGAUAGUAUCUUUUCCAGUUGCCGAGUAUUCUUGUGUCCAAACAACCAUAGCGAUGAUGUGUACUUUUUAUAUGCCGCCGUACAUGGUGGAAUGAAUGUUAAGUUAAUAUCAGAUGAUCAAUUUCGAGAUUUUAAGAAGGGCUUCAGUCUGACGCUCUUGAAAGACUUUUUGCAAUGGUUGCGCGGACACCAAGUUCGCGUUGAACGCUUCCGAAAAGGAAAGAAACUUAUCUUGACGGCAAAAUACGAUCCUGAAACCAUAUUGUUGGCACCUACUCCUGGCGUAAUAAUUUCUACAGCGGUAUUAGCCACUUUAGAAGGAAUAGCAGUGCUAGCAACUGUAGUAAGAGUUGUUGAAAUUGUCGAGGUUGUAGCUUUUAUUGUUGUUGCGAACUGA